UAUAUGUCAGUUUGUAAUUUUAUGUAAACUAAACCAAAAGCCAAGCAAGCAAUUUAAAUAAAAUAAUUUAUUGGAUUAUUUUACAUAACCAAGAUCUAUUAAACUCAAAAUUAAUUGCAUUAAAUAUCAUAUUCAUUUAAAAAUGGCUGGAAACUUUUGGCAGAGUUCUCAUCAUCAACAAUGGAUAUUAGACAAGCAAGAUUUAAUUAGAGAUCGUCAGCACGAUAUGAAUAUUUUAUCAGAAGAAGAAUAUCAGAAAGUAUUCAAUUUUUUCGCUAGUAUGAUACAGGUACUGGGUGAACAACUCAAAGUCCGGCAGCAGGUCAUUGCAACAGCAACAGUUUACUUUAAGAGGUUCUAUGCCAGAAAUUCUUUGAUGUGCAUAGACCCAUUGCUAUUGGCCCCGACCUGUGUGUUUCUUGCGUCCAAGGUUGAAGAGUUUGGCGUGAUAUCCAAUUCUAGACUGAUUACAACUAGUCAAACAGUUAUUAAAAACAAAUUUAGCUAUGCAUAUGGUCAGCAAGAGUUUCCAUACAGAAGUAAUCAUAUACUUGAAUGUGAGUUUUAUUUGCUAGAAAACCUAGACUGCUGCCUGAUAGUCUACCAGCCUUACCGGCCGCUGCUACUAUUUGUUCAAGAUAUAGGGCAGGAUGAUCAACUUCUUACUUAUGCAUGGAGGGUUGUGAAUGAUUCUCUGCGCACUGAUGUCAGUUUAUUAUACCCACCAUAUCAGAUUGCGAUAGCAGCUCUUCAUAUAGCAUGUGUUAUGUUAGGAAAAGAAAACUUGAAACCCUGGUUUGCUGAAUUAAAUGUGGACAUGGACAAGAUACAAGAGAUUGUGAGAUACAUAAUAAAUUUAUAUGAAAUGUGGAAGAGUUAUGAUGAGAAGAAGGAAAUUCAGGGUUUGCUUGCCAAGAUGCCUAAACCAAAGCCUGCUCCCCAAAGAUAGCUAAGCAGUGACCAUGGAGAACUAUGCUAAAAUAUUUCUCCAUCUUCAUGUAAUUUUUAAUUUAAUGAUUAAAUAACAGACUGUUAAUUCAUAAUGGAGUUAGUUAGGUUACGAUAUUUGACAUAAUAUAAGUGAAAUGAAUUUCAUUCGUGUAUUUAGAAAUACUGUUAACUAAUAUAGUAAAUAAAUUGUUUCAUUAGAUUUAUGCUUCAUUGGGCAUAUAUUUAUUUUUGUUGCUCUAGGUUUGACAUCGACAUGUUAACAUUUCAACAAAAGAUUGGUAAUGGCUUUCUUUUUUUCAAUAUAUGUGACACGCCAUUGUUUUUUAAAAUCGAAACUACAAACCCAAUCCACGGUUACAUAGCUUUUUGGAGACUCACAAUACAUCAAGUAGUUUUUAAAUGAAGUAUCAGUGUUAAUUAUGUACUCUUAUUAGGUGGCCUUCAAAGGUUACUCUUGACAAAAUUAAGUUCCUCUAGGAAUUUAGAAAAUGUAAUAAAAUUAUUCCUAGUUUCAUUAUGUAAAUAAUUAUCUGUACUUAUUAGGGAUAAUUAAGCAUGAUCCUUAUAUUCUUUAAGACUGCCAGUAUUUUUAUCAGUAACUUGUAAGAAACUUUCAAUAAAUUGGCAUACACAA